CAAAACUGUAACAACAAGACUCGAAACACUGGCGUUGCUGAUGAGGAAUAAUUCUUUUCUUAAUAAUGAAUUAAAUUAAGAUAUUCUAGUUCCAGCAGAAACGAGAACCCAAACGGUGAUGUUAUGCCUGAUGUAGAAGAAGGUUUACAGGUCCAGAAUGAACGAGCUUUGCGCUACCUUGGUAACGGAGUCUUCUGCCAGCUCUGUCCCUUGUACGCCCGUGAAGAAGUUGUUAAAAGGGGAACUGAAGAAUGAUAAAAGGCAGUCAUGUAGUAAAGAAGAUCUCCAGCUUCUUGCCCGACUAGAAAAACAAAAUAGACUUUUGGAAUCAGACUCAAAGUCAUUAAAUUCCUUGGUUCAGUCUCACUCCCGGAAACUAUCUGAUACCAGUAUAAUCUCUGCUCAGUCUUCCCAAGUUCAUCAAAGCAUAGCACUGGAAUGUGAACAACUUGAAGAAAAUGCCUGCUUAACUUGGAGGAAGAUAUUAAAUGAGUGGGAUAAUCAUACGAAGAAAAAUAAUCUAUUUAUUAAAGAACAUGUUAGAAAGGGAAUUCCCAGUCACCUUCGUGGGAUAGUCUGGCAGUUACUAUGUAAUUCACAAAAUGACGCUGCUAAGAAACAGUAUGCUGAAUAUAUCAUGAGCUCUUCUCCAUGCGAGAAAGUAAUUCAAAGAGACAUUGCACGUACUUACCCAGAACAUGAGUUUUUCAAAGAGAAAGAUGGGCCAGGUCAGACUGGUCUCUUCAAUGUGAUGAAAGCAUACUCAAUCCAUGAUAGUGAAGUGGGAUACUGUCAAGGGAGUGGCUUCAUUGUUGGUUUGCUUCAGCUGCAUAUGCCAGAAGAAGAAGCAUUUGCUGUCUUGCUGAGGCUAAUGGAAGACUACAGACUGCGAGAGAUGUACAAACCCAGCAUGGCAGAGCUUGGCCUAUGUAUGUACCAGCUAGAUGCUAUAGUACAGGAACAGAUUCCUGAAUUGCAUGUACACUUUCAGUCACAAAAUUUCCAUACGUCAAUGUAUGCCUCAUCCUGGUUUUUAACCCUUUUCACAGCUGCUCUUCCACUACAGAUAGCAUCAAGGGUAAUGGACCUGUUUCUUUCUGAGGGUAUGGAAAUGGUGUUUCGCAUUUCAGUUGCCAUUUUGCAGUUCUGCAAAGAAGACUUACUGCAGCUUGACAUGGAAGGAAUGCUUCGAUAUUUUCAGAAAGAGAUGCCCUCCAAGUGUGAGACAGAUCCAGACUACUUGGUCUCCAUGGCUCUUCAGGUCAAGUACAAUAGUAAAAAGAUGAAGAAGCUUGAGAAAGACUACACAACUUUAAAGGUGAAAGAACAUGAAGAACUCAUUGAAAUGAAGAAACUACGGACAGAGAAUAGACUGCUAAGGCAAAGAAUAGAAAAUCUAGAACAGGAAAGUGCAUCACUUGCAGAUCGGCUUGUUCAAGAUCAGGUUAGUCGAGCUCAAGAAGCUGAAGAUAAUUUUGCUAUCAAACGAGAACUGGCAGAACUUAGAGAUAGGAAAGAGACUGUUGAAAAAGAACUGAAGGUCGCUUGUCAGCAGAUCAGAACACUCAAUGAGGCUGGAUUACAACCUCCCUCCAUUGAUAGCUCUGUCGAUGAAUUGCUACAUUCGCUACAAGAUGAAAUGGUGGCUAUUAAGUUACAAGGAGCAGAGAAAGAUGAAGUAAUGCAGGACUUGCGGAGUCGAAUUCAAGAACUUGAGGAGGCCAAUAAACAACUUCGAGAAACCACUCCAGACAAGUCACUAGCCCAACUACAGGAAGAACUCAUUGCUGUGAAACUGAAAGAGGCAGAGGCUAAUCUCUCUAUGAAAGAACUCAGGCAGAAAGUAUCAGGCCUGCAAAUUGUUUGGAGGCAACACCUAAAUGAAGCAAACAUGGAUUCUUCUACAACAUCCAAGAAACAGGAGAAGUCAGCAAUUGUGCAGGUGCAGGAAGAUCUUAUCUCAGCCAAGUUACGAGAGGCUGAUGCUGUGGCAGAACUAAAGGAGCUCCGCCAGAAAGUUAUGGAACUAGAAGCUCAGAAUCAAGUGAACCUAAACCAAAUUAAACGGCAGACUGAAGAAAUGGAAAAACUUCAGAAGACAUUGGAAAAGACAGUGGAAAAAGAAAAAGAGCUACAUAAUCAGCUGAAAGAUGAAGAGAGAAAGUAUGGAAACUUAGAUUCUAAGAUCAAAGAGGAACAGAUGAUGACUAAAAUCAAAGAAGUGGAGCACACUCAGGUCAUUGCAGAAUUGAGACAGAAAAUUUCUUCUCUUGAGGUCAAGAAUCAAGAAUUAACGAUAGUUGGACAGUUACGACUUCGACCCGGUGCUGGGAAUAAUAUGGAUAAAAAAGAUCUACGAGAAUGCAUUUCUGAGCUGAAAGCAGAGAUCAUACGUCUGGAAACUUUGAACAAGAAGUUGACUUCUACUGUGGCCAUUCAAGCUUUACAAAGUCCAAGCAGUCCAACUGGCAGUCUUUCCAAGGACAGCUCUUUAACAAACCUGAGUUGUUUGUUAGAAAUGGCAAUAAGUCGAAGCAGUAGUUUUUGUGAUGAGUCACUAAGUGAACUUCUCCAACUUGGAGUAGAUCAGAGUCAAAAACUCAACAAAGAUCUACUAAAUAAAAACAGCAAGGUAAAUGGUGAGGCCAGCUAACUUCAAAAUACUUUUUUUUUAUUGUACAAGAUAUUCUUAUCAGUUCAAACAUCUAUUGUAAAACAGGUAUUUUCACUAAAUUUGUUGAAUUUUUUCUUUGAAUCAAAAUAUACAAAAUAACAAAAUAUUUUUUUUUGUUUAUAUGUUUUUUUUAUAUCCUGAAUUAUAUAUCCUACACUUCUGCUAGUAUAUAAUUUAAUUUGUAAUUUUCAGUUACAGUAGAUCAGUUUUAAUUCUUGUUCUGUUAGAAAUAUUGUGAAAUGUUUAAAAAAAAUCACUUAAGUCGUGAUAUAGUAGUAAUAUUAAAAGUUUCAUGCUGUUUUAUAGUAGAGUAGCUGCUUGCAUAUUUUUAGUGCUCCGUCCAUGGGAGAUCUUUGGUGGCAUGAUGUUAUAGUGUAAUGAAUAAAUAAAUAAAAAUAUUUGUUUAGGUGUAAUUUAGUGUUUACUUUUUGUCAGUUUAAAAGAGUUCCAUGUAUAUUUUGUUUUACUCUUCUAGUUAUAGCUGUUUGAAAUCUUAAUAUUGUUACUUAAAACUGCAACUAAAAAAAAUUUGAGUUUUUUUUUAUAAAAAAAUUGUGUGAUUUUAGGGUGCCAGAUAUACUUGCAACCAAAAGCAUUUAAGAUCAUUAUUGCUUCUACUAUCUCACAAAAGCAAAAUGCUUCUAUUUAUGGCUCAAUCAUUCCCAGCUGUAAUACCUAUAGGUAUGAAUAAAUUACAUGACUUAUCCACUGUCAGUACAGUAGUUUGGAUUUAAAGACUAUUAUUAAGGAAAGAAUGACAUGCAUUGCUAUUGAUUUUGGCUAUUAUUUUCUUAUUAUAUUGUAAAUUGCAAUUAAAAAUAAUACUUUAGGAAUGUAUAUUCACAUUUAUACUGUUUGUCACAAGAUCGUAAUGAAAGAAGUAAGAAAAGUGAAAUAAAUUUACAAAUUUUGCUUGUGUUUAACUUUUAGUGAGACAUACUUUGAAUAGAUAAAGAGGCUAGUAGUAGGAUAGGACUUGCUGUUUGAUAAGUAAUAUUAGAAUAUAAUAGAAAUAGUUGUGUUGUGAUUGUCAUUUCAUAUCUGUAUACCAUAUGUGUAUGUUUUGCCUGUUGCAUGAAAGUACCACAGGUAAUAGCCCGUACUCAUCCCUUCAUUUGUGUUUAACUCUUGCACAUUGAUAAGUGGAAUUGAUGAACUCAUAAUUUUUACAGUAUAACUUAAACUUUGGCUGAAGGAUGAGCUACAUGUGAUUAUCAUGUAAGAAUGUUGCAACAACUUGUGAACACGUUAUUUGAUUAUGGUGUUAACAGACACAACAACUUGUGAACACAUUAUUUGAUUAAGGUGUUAACAGAUGGUACAUGUUGCAGAGCACUAGAGAGUCCAGUAUAGGGUUUAUCUAACAUACACUUCCCUCCUCACCCAAAUUAAAAGCUGAGGUUAAUUCAUGAACUGCUUUUUGUCUAUUCAGCAUACACAGCCCUCCUUUCACAAAUAAAAAAACAAGAUUUUAACCUUUUGGUGAUUUUCCAUAAUCCUUUGUGACUUAAAGUGGGCCCCCUCUACCCUUGCCUGCAGUAAGCUAUACCUCCCCUUUCAGAAAAUCCUGAAAGAUGUGAAUGUAUAUAUGUCUGUGAUUUCUGAAAGUUUUAAUUUCAUAUGAUUUUUUUUCUUUUGUAAACUGUUUCAUAUAAUUUGAAAUACAUGCCACAUGUCCAAGGUAACUGCCAUCCAACAAUCGUUAUAAAAUAAGAAACUUUUAAGGUGUAAAAAGAAAAUGCACAAGUGAAUAUGUACAUUUUGAAACAUUCUUUGCUUAAUACAAUAAGCAUUUUUACACAUUAGAGACAAUCAAACUGUCACUAAAACUGCUUGUCAUGUAUAAUAAUUAGCUUGAUAUAUAAAGGUUAUGUUUCUUUCACAAGUAUUUUUUUUUAUUUAAGAGUUUAUGAAACCUGUGUUACAUUAUGUAUGUUUUCAUGUUAACACUGAACUGAAGAUGAUAUAUUUUUCAAUCUUAUUAAUGUGGAAAGUUAAGUUUUAUUGGGUAUUAUGAAAGUACACUUGAAUGUGUUAACACAUUUUUUUGCUCUUAACACCCAAUCUGCUAGUCAGGGAACAUUUAUGAUAAGUUGAUUCCCAAACAUAACUUUCCACUACUCUCAUUUUUAAGUUCUUAAUAGAGAUUGGAAUUCUAUGAAUGUAUCUUCCCAACAACAUGGCUAAAUGUGCACUUUCAAAGCUAUGAGGGAGUAAAACCCCUACUUCCCUCUUCAAAAUCCCACAUAAAAUGCAAUAGUGGCCACAUCUUUGAACAAUAUGAGAUCUGGUUCCUCAGAUCUAUACAGCUGCUUUCUACAUGGUUUUGCCAGUUCUGUUGAUAGAUAUGUCUGAAAAGUUACUAUGGCAUUGUCUAUGUUGUGGUGGUUUCUGCUCUGUAUCAAAGUUGGCAGUAGCACCAUCAUUGGCAUGGCACAUGAGAAAAUAUAGACAAAUCAGUGGUUUAGUCAAUCAUGGUACACCAACAUGACCACUUCUACUAUUUUGUGUGAGAGGAAUAUAGUCUGCAUCUUUGUGGCUGAAUAUUAUUGAGAGCUGAGUUGUUUGGGCAUUAAAGUGUUUUUGUUUUUUGAUCAACAGAUGGACCCCUUUAUUGGGGUACAUUUUUUUAGGGUUCUGACUUGAAUACCAGAAAUGUGAAACUACUCUGUAUUCCAACCAGUACCUUGAAUUUGGGCUUAUCGACUGGCAUAGAGGGUGUUAAAUAAGCUUCUCAUUAAAAUGAAAGGUGCUUAGAAUUAUUAGUGUAAGCAAAAUAAUGAAGAAUAUUAUAAUUAUUUCAGUAUGGUUAUAUUAACUUAUUACAGGCUGCUUCUAAAAUCUUUUACAUUUAGAAACAAUGUCUCUGCAUUGUAGCUUAUCUGCAUGUUUUUUGUUUUUAAUUGUCUUGGUCCAAAACCAUUCCUUGUUAUUGAGAACCUUUAAACUACAUACAUCUGCUCAAUAGUGAUAUGAUAAUUAAGUCCCAAAUACCCAAACUAUUUUCUGUAUUUAUUAUGUUAGUUACAGUCUCAUAAAGAAGUAUCAUGUACUUUAGUAAAUAGAAAAACCUAAAAUAAAGAGAAUUUUGUUGAAAGCA